UCCGGCGCGUUUUUGGGGGGCGUCGAAAUGCCGACCGACGGCAGUCGUCCUGCCGACGCGAGCUGGAAGACAAUGAGGCAGCUGCUGCUGCUGAUCGCGUGCGCCGCGCUGGCCGCCUCGCCGGCUCUCUGCGUAGACGGCGACGGCGACAACUCCACGGACUCGGACAGCCUCGACGACUUGAUGUCGCGCGCCCGGGAGACCGCCCAGGCGGCGGACUGCGUCGUGCCGCGCAUGGUCCUGGCCGCGCUGGCCGGCAUCGGCAACGAGCGCUGCCGCAACGACUCCGUCUACUUCCUGCAGCAGCUGGACAACUUCACCAUGUGGGCCGUGGAAAUGCUGGACGCGUCCUCCAAGGUGCCGAGCGGCGUGCUGGAGGGCAACAUCAAGGACCUGGGCAGCUUCGACGAGUGCCUGGCGGUGCGCGCCGCGGACCCGGGUGACGGCGGAGAGCGGUUCCGCGGCCGGUACUGCCUCGCGCGGCUGCAGGUGGACGAGGACCCGGGGUCUCCGCGCCGCGCCGUCGUCGCAGAGAUGCUGGCCGCCAUGACGGGCGGCCGCCGCUUCCUGGAGGACACGGACCGCAAGGGCGUCUCGUACUACCCGUCGUUCGCCAAGGCGCAGUGGGCGGCGUGCGUGCCGUCCAGCUGCCGCGCCGAGGACCUGCAGGGCGCCGUGGACGGCCUGCUGCGAGCCGCGGCCUCGUCGGCGGGGCGCGCGGGGCUGCGGCUGUCGGCGCGCGUCGACCCUCACCGGUGCCGCGUGCAGGCCCCGCUGGCGCUGCACCCGCGGGACUACGUCGUCGGGGCUGCAGCUGUGUUCGUGUGUCUUCUCCUGGGCGUAGCGAGCGCGUACGACUUGUUCUCCAGGCGGAAGAAAGAAAAGGAGAUGUUUACUAAGGAAUGGAGCCACAGCACCGUGCUGCUGGCCUUCUCGCUGCCCAGGAACCUCAGGAAGCUGCUCAGCACGGACGCCUCGCCGGGGACCAUCGAGUGCGUGGACGGCAUCCGCUUCCUCACCAUCUGCUGGGUCAUGUUCACGCACAAGGUGUUCUGCAUGACGGUGGAGCCGUGGACCAACAAGAACCACCUGCUGGAGCUGGGCGAAGGAGUUCAGAACAUGCCCUUCCUGAACAGCAUGCUGGACGUGGAUACAUUCUUCCUCGUCGGAGGCAUGGUCAGAUGUUACACGCUGCUUAAGGAACUGGACACCAACAAGUUCAACUACUUCGUCUCAUUCUUCCAGAGAUACUUAAGGCUGACGCCGGCCUACGCGGCCAUGAUCGCCGUGCUGGCCUCGCUGUACGCGCACCUGGGCGACGGCCCGCUGUGGUACGACGGCGUGGAGCACCAGUCGCGCCAGUGCCGCGACAACUGGAUGUGGAACGUGCUGUACGUCAACAACUACGUCGAGCGGGACAGCAUGUGCAUGCUGCAGUCGUGGUACCUGUCGGCGGACAUGCACCUGUUCCUGUUCGCGCCGCUCGUCGUGUACCCCAUGUGGAAGUGGCCUGCCUUCGGGAAGGCCCUGCUGGCCGGGUGCGUGUGCGCCGCCGUCGCCAUACCGCUGGCCACAGUGCUCGUCUACCACUACCCGGGCGUGCACUACAUCUCCCUGCACGAUGACAUGUUGAGCAACUAUGCCAAAUACAUGUACUACCCAACACACCAAAGAAUGGCUCCUUACUUCGUGGGAAUAGCACUUGGAUACCUUAUGAAUGCGUACAGGAAUGAAAAUUGUACUUUGCCAAAGUGGGUCGCCGGGACGCUGUGGACUCUCUCGCUGGCCGUCAUGACGGCCGUCAUCUUCGGCCCGUUCGAGCUGAUGCAGUUCCACCACGAGUACGACGCGGUCGAGUCCAGCCUGUUCGGCGGCUUCAGCAAGCUGGCGUGGGGCGUGGCCGUCUCGUGGGUCGUCUUCGCCUGCCACAAGGGCUACGGAGGCUUCGUGAACAAAGGACUGUCGUCGAAGCUGUUCAGGCCCCUCAGCAGGCUCACGUACUGCAUCUUCCUCACGCACCUGGGCGUCAUGCACUUCGGCGUGGCCACCAUGAAGUCGGCCAAGUACAUGGACGAGUACCACAUCAUGAGGGAGUUCCUGUGCGACGCGGCGGUGUCUUGCUUGGUGGCGGUGUUCCUGUACCUCAGCUUCGAGUCGCCGUUCCUCACCAUCACCAGGCUCUUCACCGACAAGAUGAAGAGGGCCUCCCAGAAGAGUAGUGACAACAUGGUGAAGCCCGUGGCGUGAAAUUUCCCCCCCUCCCCCCUCCACCUUCCUCGGCCGAUGCGACUGUCGGCGUUGGAAAAGAACAGAAAGACUGAGUGUACCAGAAAAAAAAAACAUUUUCUGGCUAUUAAAAAAAAUAGAGACCUUUGGAAACAGGUUGCCCAGAAAAUGUUCGCAACACCACAGUGAAAAUAUUGUAACUUUGUACAACACAUUGCCAUGGUUAUUUUUUUUGCAUACGCGAAAUUAGUUUUCCGAGAUAAUACUUAAUUAUUUCUUACGAAAAAUGUGUGCAUUAUUUUAUAUUUUAAUUGUUGUUUCAUUCAAGCAGAAUUAUUUUUAAACCAUGGAAGAGAUAAUCGAAUUAUUCAAUUAGAGGACUGUAUUUUGUUUUAUUGCGCUUAUUAAUGUAAGCAGUUAAUUAUGGAAAGCUAUUGAAGGAACGGUCAAAUAACUUGAACAAUUGGAGGUACUGGGACAACACAACGCAUAAAAGCCCGGGUAAGAAUUCGAGCCCAGUAUUACUGCAAACACUAUUUUGUAGUGAUACAGUUGUUUUCAUAUUAAUGUACAAAUUUUAUAAAUGUCUGUCUGUUAUUUUACAUAAAUAUUUCUUUUUCAUAUAUAAAAAUAAAUUCAGUGUAUAAAACAAAGAAAAUAAAACCCCGCUGUGGAAGACAAAGCCGGAACCACAAUAGCCCGACACCUGUUCGUCCUUCAGCAACCAAGCUAUAUGUAACACUCCGCUUCCCUUAUACAUGCUGCCAACUAAAAAACUUGAAUUUUUAAAGAAAUUUUUUCUUGCACAAUUACAGUAGUUUCGCAAUCGAGUAAGCAAAUCACGUAUAACCCAAAAACAUAAUUUUUUUUGCACUCCGGUAUUUAUUUGAAAAUUUUCAAAGUUACCAUACGUAAUUUAAUACACUUCUGUGAAUCGGACGAAUUUUUUUUUGUUUUAAAACACAGCCUUUAUUAUGUUUUCAAACAUAAUCUUAAAAAAAUAAUUAUUUAAGCAUCAAAAGAAUGGAACAAAUUUAAAAAAAACCUACAAUAUAAUUAAAAUUUGAUACACAAAACAAUUGAAAAUAUUUGCAGGUGAAAAUUUCACCCGACAGUCCUUUAAAAGUAUGAUGGACGGAAGGCUGGAAUUUUUCGGGCUAUAUGUUUGGCUGCAGGUCGCGUGAUGGUUGGACGGAGGUGACGGACUAUCGUAAUUCCGGCUCAAGGAUGCGUGUGACCUUUGCCAUGUCAGUAAUUGAAAUCCCGUCAAAAUAGCUUUAUUCCUUGCUGAUGCGUUGUAAAAUUCUUGGUUUAAAUUGCAAUUCCAACUUCUCUUCAUAGCUAUUUACUUUCGUGCUAUUAAAAAAAAAACAUCAGUGGCGGACCCAAGACUCGAAUCUUGGGAGGAUUGGAUGAGUUUUGGCUGGUAUGGAAUAAAUCCCAGUUAAAUAGAAAGUCCACAAUAAAAUAAUUGCCACUUUAAAGGCUUUUUGAACGCAUUUCUGACGCCUUAAAAUGUUAUAAAAUAAUUGUACACAGCACAGUGUCAAUAAAAAUGUAGAACUACACUUUUUUUUUCGAAAAAAAAAAAAAACAACUCGAACUUACUUCAAAGGUUGGUUGUGAUAAAGAGUAAUUAUUUUUUCUAUACACUGUUAAAAAAUAAAUUAAAUUUACGUACUUUUCAACGAAGAAUUUAAAUAAAAGUAAACGAUGAUUUCAUCGUAAUUUCAAAUAAUAGAAUCCUCGUGGAAACUAGGCCGUAUUUCGACUCCCGAGUUGAAUGUUUCGUUACAAACUAAAGGUAAACACACACUUGGACAAAAUAUGAGUGUUCUUACUGUCGACUUAACCAGUUUUUGAAUUUUUUGUUAAUAUACCACGAAUAUUUUUUUUGGAUUCAUGCCAGCAUUCUUCGUCAAUUAAAGGUGAAAAUUUUUAAUAGUGUAGCUCUAUUUUAUUUAUUCGAAGUUUUUUUUUGGGGGGGGGGAGAGUUGGGGGAAAGGGGUACAGUUCCCAUUGCCACUUCCGUGAGAACACAUUUAGCAUUAGACCUUUUUUAACAGCUGAGGUUUGUUUUGCUAACCAAUUGCAAACCAGAAUGGCUUCAACUUUACCACGGGCGCUCACUCCAUGGACUUUUUACCUCCAUGGUUUCCACCCAGCGUUCGAGGUGUUAAUUCUUUUUUUUUUUUUUUUUUUUUUUUUUUCGUUCUCGCGUUUGAACUGCGACAAGCGUGUUUUGGCUCGGACCCGUUCUAGACAGUUGGAGUGACGGUAAAUCGAUUAUAACCCACGGAUUUUUUUCGUCUCCUUUAUUUUUGAGGAUAAAACUAGACAGAGAGCGCGUUUAUAGUGGUCCCCUAACCAUCCACUCUGGAUUUGGCUAUUUAAUUUUUUCAUAUAUAUAUUUUAUUUCCUAUCGUGAAAAAACCUUAGUAAUAAUUACUGUCGCGAUGAGACGUAUAUGACCCACCAAAGGUUUAGGUCCAACAUUAGAUUUAAGAUUAAAAUAUAUUAGUUAUAUUGCAUAUUCACAUUAAGAAACUUUUUUAAAUCCUCAGUUAAAACGUUAAUAAAUAACUAAGUAUGUAUUUAUAAGAACUGUAAUUAUUUGUUUGACAAAACAAAAUUCAGAGUCAAAGGAAUUAAUUAUUACAGCGGAAAUAUGUUUUAAUUUUAGGAGGUUUUUUUUAAUAAAGGAGCCUGUGUGUAUUUCCUGUAUGUUUGUAAUAACCUGUAGCUAGCAAAAAACAACCUUUCGCCAAAAUACGGUGGUUUGUUUUAAAUGGUUUGUUUUAAAAAUCGUAUCUAUCAAAGAAUCGUAUCAUAUCAAAAUCGUAUUCCACAAAUGAAUUGUAGUUUAGAGAAAAUUUUCGAAACACCUUUAGAUUAAUUGUAUUACAUUUUCUAACAAGGUGACGAUAUAGAUUAAAUAGUAUUUUUUUAAAUAUGUAUUAACGGUUAAGAAGCAUGAGAACUAACUAUAGAAUCUGACAUUAUUUUAUUAAAUUGUCUAAUGGUCUUAAACUUUUUGGUUGAACCUGUAUUUACCUUUAUUUUACGAUGUUAUAUUUUUUAACGUUGGUUUAACACUUCUCUAAUAGCGAGGUUAAAAAUAGGUUAAACCAACUAUUGGCAGAACAGCAGAGGCGGACGGACACAUAGAACAUUGGUGCUACUUUAUUGAUAACUGUCAAAGUUGAGAAAAGUUACGUGACUCAAGACCAUAUGUGCAUCCUUACCGCAAUAUAUUUAUGCGCUUAGAUUCAGCGCUAGUAUGUGAAUAAAAAUGUGUUGUUCUUUUUAACACACGAAUGUUCCUAGAAAUGAGACAUUUUAUGCCAGCUUCUCUCUUAUUUUUUGACAGAGAAGAGUGGUGAUGAUUUCACCUCUUGUGAUUUUACUGAAAUUAUGAUUCUAGCAUUUUGUUUUCAAAUGACUCGUUGUAAAAUGUUGAUUUUGGUUCAUAAAAAUACUUUUCAAGGUUUCAUUACACACUAUUCACCUCUAGGAACUACAACUUAGUACAAAUUCUUACACUUUAUAGCACUUUUUUAAACAGUUUUUUUUAAUAAAUGAAAAUAAAUACACGAAAACUUCAUAACUAUAAUUAUGAACACUUAUAUUUUAAUGACUUUUUUAAAAAUUCUCUGUACUGUAUAUGUUUUUAAGUCAUUUAUUGAUUUGCCAACAUGCCAGGAUGAAAUUUUCAAACUAAAAUGCGUCUCGUAUCUUUCAAAAUAAUUUUAAUUAUCUGUUUAAUACAUGCCUAUAGCCAGAAGGUAAAAAAUAGGGAAAAAUUAUUAUGUUUACAAACAUUUUUAUUGAUACAAUUUUUUCAUGUGUUUGCUGAACCCAGUUGAUAAGCUUAAACUGUGAAAAAAUUAUUGGGAUAUUUAAAAAUAAAUUGCUACUAAAAUUAUCAUUACAAAUAUGUCAAAAUUAAACUUUAUUUUAACCAUGGAUUUCUCCCCCCCCCCCCCCUUCCCCCCCAAUGCGUAUGUUGCGUAAUCAUUUAUUAAGGUUACCAAUAUUAAAUUAUGAUUUGAAUGUAAAAAAAAAUGCAAAAUAAUUAUAAAGUAAUGCUUUAUCUCUUUUCAAAUAAGUUGAAUUUGAACAUUAAAACAACAAAGAUUAUAAGUUUUAAUGAUGGCAAAGGAAAACAAAGCGUGGGUUUGUUUUAUUUUUGAACAAAAACAUAUGAUAGUAGUUUUAUAUUUAUAGGUGUGGGAAAAAUAAGCUUUUUUGUUUAUAUAUAGUGUUGUUACGAUGUUUAAACUAGUGUGAAUACAAAUAAAAAGCAAUAAUUAAAUACAUUUUACAAUGGGACUUAAACUUUAAAAAAAUAUAUGUACGGCAUCAAAAUAAAUCUUAUUUAUCUGGCUUUCAAAAGUCACUAUGAAAAAGUGAAUAAUUAAAAGCAAUAUUUUCCAACCUUGUAAUAAGUUUUGUGCUAAUUUUUGUAUAGUUAAUGUGUUAUUAGUUAGCAUUGUAAAUGUCAAAAUAUGAAGAAAGAAAAGUGUUUCAUGAAGUCGGGCAAUUUUUAUUUUUGUUUAAACAAGCAGUUAACAUUUUAUUGCUCUACAGUAUAAUAUAAUGUUUAAAUUAUAUUUUAAAAUAUAAAUAAGAAAAUUUGUACCACAAAUAAAACAUUUUGGUGUGCUCCAUUAGUUAAAAAAAAUGUUUUUGGCAAAUUAUUAAAUUGAACUUUGGAUUAUUUAUAAGUAAUAUAUUAUUUUUAAUAAAUUAAGACGAAUGUUUGUAAUUUUAUGUUUAUUAAACACUUU